AUGUGGGAAUCCCCGUCCCUGCCAUAUUACUGCCCGACAUCGUUGCUACCAGUUCCUUUACCUACUACUUCCGAUAUCAAGAACGCAACAUGUAUGCUAGAGGAUGCAGCCUCCAGAGUUGUUCGGGUCGGAGACUACUUUGUCGCUAAAUAUGGGCCACAAACAAGCCGCCGGAUACAAGAGGGACAGAAUAUGAUCUUUGUUCAACAAAACCUCACGACUCCCAUCCCGUUGAUAUACGCUCUCUAUGUCGAAGAUGGCAUCGCAUACUUGCUGAUGGAGUACGUUGCUGGACAGUCGCUUGAAUCUCUUUGGCCAAACCUUGAGCCACAAGAGCAGUCAAUAAUUUUGAACAAGCUCAGGAAGAUUUUGGACGAAAUGAGAUCUCUACCGCCACCAUCACCUCCCUUCUACGGGAGUGUUUGCCAUGGGCCGCUCCCGUACUUUCUCUUCUGGACUCCAGAAACGCAACCGACAAUCAAUGGUCCUUUCAAUAACGAGGAAGAGCUCUGCUUGGGCUUAGUAGAAAGAAUCCGCCAGAUUUAUGCCGACAACACUCAACACAUGGCUCGCGUCAACUGGUUCCAGAAACAUCUUCCUACCUCGCUUAUAGGCCACCCACCAACUCUCACACAUGGCGAUCUCCAAAAGAAGAAUAUUAUCGUCACUCGAACACAUCUCCAAAAUGAAGACGACGACGUCGAGCUGACAAUACUUGAUUGGGAGAACGCAGGGUGGUAUCCCGACUACUUUGAAUACUUUUCAUGCUACACAAGCUUCCACUGGGAUAGCGACUGGCCCCUGAUGGUAGAAGUCUUCCUCGACCCUUAUCCUGUGGAGACACUUUCGUUGAUGCCUGUAUACCAUGACAUCUUCAUGUAGUCAUACCAGGGAGGCAUGAACAUCUUGAUCUUAUCAGUCCACUCUCACAGGUGCCAUAGACUAAUCUACUCAAGAAUCUGCGCUGCUUGCAAAGCUGGUAUUGCACGUUCCUCAGUCCACUCAGUGCAUUUGACCAGUCGAACACGUGUCUCUCCGGGCUGGUAGAAGGCGCCGUUUGGUUUGAUUGGCUCUGUCUUCAUAGUCUUUGGGUUGAAUUUCUUCUGUUUGUGUGGAGUAGGUUGUUGGGCGCAAAUUGUUUCAAA